AUGUCGGGACAAAGUGUCGCCGUUAGUUUUUUGAAAAAGACCCUUAAUACUAUACAUUUAAACGAGCACUAUAUGCACCUCACUCUAGUGUAUUUUAAAGGAGGGGCGACUGGAGUUGCUGUCAAUAAAAAUGUUCUCUUUUUCGUUUCCCAAAACAACCUUCCCUUAUUUCCUCGGGUUGACCCGAAACAGGCGUUUACAUUACAUUUCCAUAUGCAAAAAGGAAAACAACUGGUUUGGACUUUGGAGUCUUAUGAGAUAUUCUUCUCUCUUCCGUCUUUAUGUGUCUCUCUGUUUUGCUCUAUAAAUGACUCACUAGUCACAUAUGUUUUAAACACCCCUACCCAAUACUUUUCUGCCUUGGUCUUUAUGCAAAGCGAGGAGAAGCUUUUAGAAGUUCAAAUGGAGGACUUGGAUUUUGUUUGGUCUUAUGAGGAGGCCAUUGAAGAGUUGAAGCAGAAUCUCCUAUACACAACCAUUGAAUUAGAGUCACUGAAAAAAGAAGCAAGUGAAAAGAUACAAAAACAGAAGGAAGAUAUGAAGUGGUUGAACAAUUUUCUAAGAGUUGCUUACCAACAGAGAGAUGAAGCAAAAGAACAGCUGCAGAUACUACUGAUGAACAAACUCAAGCCUUCAACCCCUACUGAGCUAAAGCCAAUCCUUCCUCAUACCCAAUCAGAAAGUCCAUUUUUAUUGCCAGCAAAAGCAAACUCAAGCAUAACUGAAUCCAAUAGUUUAUCUGAGACUUAUGAUAGUCACUACUCACAUGGCUCUCCCCCUCUUGAUUCCUUUUUCAAUCCUGUUUCUUCGCCUGAAUUCUCGACCAUCAACGUUGUCAAUCCUAAGAUUGAUAGAGCUACUGCUGUUAUUGAUAAUGUUGUUAAGGGAAAAACUUUGCCUCAAAAGGGUAAGUUGAUGCAAACCGUGAUGGAGGCAGGUCCUCUGCUUCAGACACUUCUUCUUGCAGGUCCACUUCCUAGUUGGAGGAAUCCUCCUCCAAUGCAACCCUUACAAAUUCCUCCUGUUACCAUCAGAAGUUCUGAGGCUGUGAACAAAAACUCAAAUGUAGCUGCUGCUGCUAAUCCAAUCUGCGCCGUUCAGAAACCAAUGAGUACACCAUCCACAUUUAAUUUGUCUUCACAAAUAUAUUCAGCAUCAAUGACAUGUAAUGUUUCUUCUCGAAGUUCAGUCCAGAACAACCUCUUGGUGCCCUCUGGUGCCUGCAUAAACAAUUUAGUACCUAGUACCAAGCGACAAAGGUUUCAUUGAUGUCUAAACAUUUUUUAUUUACACUUUUGUAAAAAUCUAAUUCAGUACUCAAAAGAGUAAAUUGGAUACCCUUGUUUUUGGUUUGAAUGACAUUAAUCAAUUUAUGCACUUACAAAAUCU